ACGCUCAUUAUGAAUUCAACGCACUAACCCAAGUACAAAUACCAACUCUCUCUCUCUCUCUCUCUCUCUCUCCUCUGAGUUGCCAUCUCUGGCCUUCAAAAGCCUUUGUUUCAGCGCAGGAUCAAAAAGCACAGCUCUAACCCUAGGAGCAGGAGAGAGCUCUGAAGGUCUUCCAUAGUCCAUACUACUGGUCAAUGGGGAGGAGUUUAAGCCCAAUACUAAGGCGUGAAAUGGAAAAUCUUGAUAAAGAUGCUCAUAGUCGUAGAUCAGCAAUGAAAGCACUGAAAUCCUAUAUGAAAGAAUUGGAUUCCAAGCCAAUCCCAAUGUUUCUUGCCCAAGUUUCUCAAACUAAAGAAACUGGUUCUUUGUCGGGAGAAUGCACUAUUUCACUAUAUGAAGUUCUUGCUCGUGUUCAUGGUGUCAAGAUAGUACCUCAGAUAAACAGCAUCAUGGCCACCAUAAUCAAGACCUUGGCUUCAAGUGCAGGGUCUUUCCCUCUUCAACAAGCCUGCUCAAAGGUGGUCCCAGCUAUUGCUAGAUAUGGGAUUCACCCAACCACCCCUGAAGACAAGAAAAGGAACAUUAUUCAUUCACUCUGCAAACCUCUGUCGGAUUCUCUCUUGGGUUCUCAUGAGAGCUUGACUUCUGGAGCUGCACUUUGCUUAAAGGCUCUUAUUGAUUCAGAUCAUUGGCGUUUUGCUGCAGAUGAGAUGGUUAAUAGGGUAUGCCAGAAUGUUUCUGGGGCUUUGGAGGAGAAGUCCACUCAGACAAAUGCACACAUGGGUCUGGUUAUGGCUCUUGCAAAACGUAAUGCUAAAAUUGUUGAACCAUAUGCUAGGUUGUGGAUACAAGAAGGACUGCGGAUAUUGAAUGCUGGUGUAGUGGAGGGGAAUUCUCAGAAGCAGUUGUCAGCUAUUCAAAUGGCGAAUUUCUUGAUGAGAUGCUUAGAUCCUUUGAGCAUUCUCUCUGAGCUUGAGUUGAUAAUUGAAGAAAUGGAGAAGUGUCAAUCUGAUCAGAUGGCUUAUGUUAAAGGGGCUGCCUUUGAAGUUCUGCAAACUGCAAGAAGAAUAGGCGCAGAUAAAGGCUCAAAACUUGAAUUCAUGAAAUGCGAAGGAGAUUGCACAGAGGAAUUUGCAGGUAAUGUCUACCCAACCACCCCUGAAGACAAGAAAAGGAACAUUAUUCAUUCACUCUGCAAUCCUCUGUCGGAUUCUCUCUUGGGUUCUCAAGAGAGCUUGACUUCUGGAGCUGCACUUUGCUUAAAGGCUCUUAUUGAUUCAGAUAAUUGGCGUUUUGCUGCAGAUGAGAUGGUUAAUAGGGUAUGCCAGAAUGUUUCUGGUGCUUUGGAGGAGAAGUCCACUCAGACAAAUGCACACAUGGGUCUGGUUAUGGCUCUUGCAAAACGUAAUGCUACAAUUGUUGAACCAUAUGCUAGGUUGUGGAUACAAGCAGGACUGCGGAUAUUGAAUGCUGGUGUAGUGGAGGGGAAUUCUCAGAAGCGGUUGUCAGCUAUUCAAAUGGUGAAUUUCUUGAUGAGAUGCUUAGAUCCUUUGAGCAUUCUCUCUGAGCUUGAGUUGAUAAUUGAAGAAAUGGAGAAGUGUCAAUCUGAUCAGAUGGCUUAUGUUAAAGGGGCUGCCUUUGAAGUUCUGCAAACUGCAAGAAGAAUAGGCGCAGAUAAAGGCUCAAAACUUGAAUUCAUGAAAUGUGAAGGAGAUUGCACAGAGGAAUUUGCAGGUAAUGUCUACUCUAACACUCUGAGGAAGCGUGUUCGUUCUCUUCAGGAUCCAAGUAAUGUCUACUCUAAGUCCUAUGAGAAACGAGCCAGAAGAUAUAGAAGGUUAUCCUUCAGCGACAAAGGUGGACCUGAAUCGGUAUCAUCAACAGAUGUCAUUCCCGUGGAUGCUGAUUUGCAGGUUUCUUACGAGGUGGUGCCAGAAAAUGAAGCAGAAAUUCAAAUGUCUACCAUAAAAAGUGCCCGUCCAAAGGUUGCUGUGAAAUUGCUGUGUGGACUUACGUUCGCACUAAUUGCAGUGGCUAUGGCACUACUUUGGAUUAAUGAUCAAGGUGAAGGGCAUGAAGGUUAUUAUCCUGUUCCAACUUAAUGUGCUCGUUCUCUUGUUCCAACGUGGUCACUCAUUUUGAUGUAUAAAGUAGGCAAUGUUAGACACGAGAAUCUCUCUGUAUCUUCUGUAACGCUAGAAUUUUACCAUCACAACUAGGCGUGGAUGUUCAAUGUACUGUAGAGAAUCAAAAGAAUUUGUGUUCUUGAGGAAAUGUUGGGCCCGUUCGUUAUCAUUUUCUAA